GACGUCAUUUUCCAGGGCCGCCUUCAGAGGCUAAGGCAGGAAUUGAGCAAGAAGAGGCGGCUGUGGCGGCAUGGACUGAGGACUCGGAGCCAAGGGCAAGUCCGAAGCAGGGCAUCCCCAGGGGUCGGGAGAAGGUGGCCUUCCCUCCAUACGGCUGCGUUGUGGGGGUCUUUAAUGGACUGGGCCUGGAAGCAAAGCUGAUAGCUGCCAUGGGGCAGAGUGAAUCGGAGCCACAGGAAGAGCCAGAGGUAUUGAGUGUUGUAAUAGGAGUUGGACUUUCUGUGCUUCUUGUUGCUGCUUUGAUCCUGGUGUUGAUCCGACGGUUUCGCCUUCAGAAAGUUCAGGCUCAGGAACAACCCAAGUAUCGAUUCCGCAAACGAGACAAAGUGCUGUUCUAUGGGCGGAAGAUCAUGCGCAAGGUUUCUCAAUCCACAUCCUCCCUUGUAGACACCACCAUGUCUGCUUCUCGGCCACGCAUGAAGAAGAAGCUCAAAAUGCUAAAUAUUGCUAAAAAGAUCCUGCGCAUCAAGAAAGAGCUGCCAACCCUUCAGCUGAAGGAGCCACCCCCCUCUGUCCUGGAAGCUGAUCUCACAGAAUUUGAUGUGGCCAACUCACACCUCCCCUCUGAGGUACUCUACAUGCUGAAAAAUGUACGUGUGUUGGGGCACUUUGAGAAGCCCUUAUUCCUAGAGCUGUGCAAACACAUGACCUUCCAACAGUGCCAGCAAGGAGAGUAUGUCUUUCGGCCAGGUCAGCCAGAUACCAGCAUCUAUGUGGUCCAAGAUGGAAAGCUGGAGCUCUACCUAUCUGAACAGGAUGGGAAAGAGACUCUGGUGAAGGAGGUUUUUCCGGGGGACAGCGUGCACAGUCUUCUCAGCAUCCUGGAUGUUAUUACGGGCCACCAAAGGCCAUACCGGACAGUGUCUGCACGGGUGGCUGAGGACUCCACAGUGUUGUGUCUUCCUGUAGAAGCCUUCUCAGCUGUCUUUGAGAAGUACCCUGAAAGCCUUGUCCGUGUGGUACAGAUCAUCAUGGUGCGCCUACAGAGAGUCACCUUCUUGGCCUUGCACAACUAUCUUGGUCUCACGAAUGAGCUUUUCAGCCAUGAGAUGCAGCCAUUGCGCCUUUUCCCCCAGUCAAGCCACACCUCCCGCACCAGUCCCAUCCGGCACAGCAAGCGGGUCAUUAGUACCUCCUCCAUUGAAGAAGCGAAGGAUAGUGUUGGAAGGCAGCAGGAUGCUUCUCCCAAGGACCAAGGUGACCCACUGAAGCCAGGUUUACUAGAGCCAUCUGCUGCCCCACCGUUAAGUCGUUGCAUCUCCAUGCCAGUUGACAUCUCAGGAAUCCAGAAGGGGCCCCGUUCAGACUUCGACAUGGCCUACGAGCGAGGCCGCAUCUCAGUAUCUCUACAGGAGGACAGCUCUGUCUUUGCCAGGUCAGUGUCCCACGAGUCCCGUGAUCGGAAGUCUGUGACGCUGGAGGAGCAACCAUCUGGGAUCUACCACUACAACUACUGUGAGGAUGACUCAGCAACUGGUGACUGUCCUUUUGGGCCCUACCAAGGCCGCCAGACAAGUGCCAUUUUUGAAGCUGCCAAGCGGGAGCUGGUCAAGCUCAUGAAAAUUGAGAAUCCCUCUUUGCUGAAUCAUCGGGUAUUACUGCACCAUGCCAAGGCUGGUACUGUGAUUGCCCGACAAGGAGAUCAGGAUGUCAGCCUGCACUUUGUGCUUUGGGGUUGUCUGCAUGUUUACCAGAGGAUGAUUGACAAAGCCGAGGAUGUGUGCCUCUUCUUAACUCAGCCAGGUGAGAUGGUGGGCCAGCUAGCCGUCCUCACUGGAGAGCCACUCAUCUUCACCAUCAAGGCCAACCGUGACUGUACUUUCCUCAAGAUCUCGAAGUCUGACUUCUAUGAGAUUAUGCGGGAACAGCCAAGUGUGGUCCUGAAUGUAGCCCAUACUGUGGCAGCCCGCAUGUCUCCAUUUGUGCGCCAGAUGGAUUUUGCUAUUGACUGGAUGGCUGUGGAGGCUGGACGAGCCCUUUACAGGCAGGGAGACAAAUCGGAUUGCACAUACAUUGUAUUGAAUGGGCGGCUGCGCUCUGUGAUCCAGAAGGGCAAUGGCAAGAAGGAGUUGGUUGGCGAGUAUGGGCGUGGGGACCUCAUUGGAGUGGUAGAAGCCCUGACCCGCCAAGUACGAGCCACCACCGUCCAUGCUGUAAGGGACACAGAGCUGGCCAAGCUCCCAGAAGGCACCCUCAACAACAUCAAACGGCGUUAUCCUCAAGUUGUCACCCGCCUGAUCCAUCUCCUGAGUCAGAAAAUCCUGGGAAACCUGCAGCAGUUGCGUGGCCCUUUCACAGGUUCUGGUCUUGGCAUGACCUCCAGCUCAGAGUUGACCAAUCCAGCUAGUAACCUCUCAACCGUGGCAGUUCUUCCUGUGUGUAAUGAUGUGCCCAUGGCAGCCUUCACAUUGGAACUAAAGCAUGCCCUAAAUGCUAUUGGUCCAACACUGCUACUCACCAGUGACAUCAUAAGGGCUCGACUUGGAGUUUCGGCAUUGGACAGCAUCCAUGAAUACCGACUAUCUGGUUGGCUGGCCCAGCAAGAGGAUAUCCAUCGCAUUGUGCUGUACCAGACUGAUUACACCUUGACACCUUGGACAGUGCGCUGCAUUCGCCAAGCUGACUGCAUUCUCAUUGUGGGCCUAGGGGACCAGGAGCCCACGCUGGGUGAGCUAGAGCAGAUGCUGGAGAACACAGCCGUUCGUGCCCUGAAGCAACUCAUCCUCCUGCACCGUGAAGAUGGUCCCACUCCUGCCCGCACCGUAGAGUGGCUCAACAUGCGCAGCUGGUGUUCAGGACAUUUACACAUCAAAUGCCCACGUAGGGUCUUUUCCCGACGCAGCCCCAACAAACUGAGGGAGAUGUACGAGAAAGUCUUUGAGAAGAAUGCUGAUCGCCACAGUGACUUCUCCCGCCUGGCACGAGUCCUUACAGGCAACACGAUUGCUUUGGUUCUAGGUGGCGGUGGGGCCAGGGGCUGUUCUCACAUUGGUGUGAUCAAGGCCAUGGAAGAAGCUGGACUCCCUAUUGACCUGAUUGGAGGCACCUCCAUUGGUUCCUUCAUUGGUGCCCUAUAUGCUGAAGAGAGGAGUGCCGUGCGCACAAAGCAGCGAGCCAGGGAGUGGGCCAAAAGCAUGAAUUCAGUGUUUGCAACAGUAUUGGAUCUCACCUACCCCAUCACCUCCAUGUUUUCUGGCUCUGCCUUCAAUACCAGCAUUCACAAGGUUUUCCAAGACAAGCAGAUUGAGGAUCUGUGGCUCCCAUACUUUAAUGUGACAACAGACAUCACAGCAUCUGCCAUGCGAGUCCACAAGGAUGGCAGCGUGUGGCGCUACGUCCGAGCCAGUGCAUCUUACACCCCCUAUUUGCCUCCUAUCUGCGACCCCAAGGACAGUCACUUGCUUGUGGAUGGCUGCUAUGUUAACAAUGUCCCAGGCUCGCUGUGGCGGUACGUGCGAGCUAGCAUGACCCUUUCCGGGUACCUACCGCCACUCUGCGACCCCAAGGACGGCAAUUUACUGAUGGAUGGCGGCUACAUCAACAACCUUCCAGCUGACAUUGCUCGCAACAUGGGGGCUAAGACCGUCAUUGCCAUUGAUGUGGGUAGCCAGGAUGAGACCGACCUGUGCAACUAUGGGGACAGCCUGUCAGGCUGGUGGUUGCUUUGGAAACGCUUCAACCCCUGGGCUGAGAAAGUUAAGGUGCCUGACAUGGCAGAAAUCCAGUCCCGCCUGGCCUAUGUCUCCUGUGUGCGGCAGCUGGAGGUGGUGAAGAGCAGUUCGUACUGUGAGUACAUCCGGCCACCCAUCGAUCGCUUCAAAACCAUGGACUUUGGCAAGUUUGAUGAAAUCUAUGAUGUGGGUUACCAGCAUGGAAAAGUGGUAUUUGAUGGUUGGAGCCGCGGAGACAUUAUUGAAAAAAUGGUUAAGGACCGGCAUUCAGCAGAUUUCUACGAGAGUAAACGAAUGGAUGUGCUGAUGUGUCCCAGUGCAGGUUUCACAGACCUGGCAGAGAUUGUGUCUCGUAUUGAGCCUGCCAAGAGCUACCUGUCAGACAGCUAUGGAGACGGAGAAGAGUCAGACUACCUCACUGAGUAUGAGGAAGAAGGGAUGGAUGCUGUGCGGGAAGAAGAAGGGCAGGAAUUGACGUUUGCCCCAGCAGAGCAGAAUGGUGUCUUUGAAACAGAUGAAGAGAAGAGCCUGCGACACCGCCGAGGGACCCCAGGGCCAUCUUCUGCCCCUGUAGCUACUUCCACACCCUGAGAGGGAAUUGCUGCUGAGGAUCUGUGACCAAAUGUUGCACCCAUCCUCUGAGGGGCUAUGUGACCAGAGUGACAAGGUGUCCCCAGAUCACAUGGUCUAACCUGGCAGGCACAGUGGUAAAUCUCCAUGGCCCUGGUGAACACUUUCUGCAUUGUCAGAUGGCAUCCUGCUCCAGCUAUACCUCCCAGUAUGAACCAGAGUGUUGCAAAGGGAACACAGUCCAGAAUCCUGGGCAAAGAUGGACACUGUCCAGGCACUGCUGUGUAGGGAUGGAGCUGGCCACUUUGCAGUCUGAGUCCUUUCAGUGUGGAACUGUUAACCACUAAUUUGUUUGCUAAGGCAGGGGUGAGAGGUAGAGCUCAGUCCUUAUUUGCCCCUCUUCUCCUUAGUUUGCUGCUACUUGAAACAGCCCUGAAAUGUGUGUUGAUGGGAACAACACUUUACUUAGAUUACACUCCGUGUUAAUAAAGGAAGAGGAUGCAGAUUAGCUGGUUGGUUAGACAACUCCUGCUCUCCUUCUAAGCCUAGCUAGAGGAGGGAGGAUACCAUGAUGGAAGCCAUGUGGAAGAACCCUUAGCAGCCUUCCUGCUUCAGUCUGAGCUUCCACAACAGGCAUUAGCAGUUACGGAAACACCACCAUUGUAUGCAGUGCAAAAAGCACUCGUUGUUCCUUUGUUGGCUAAUUUAUUCCUACUUUGAGCUGAGUCCCAGCACCUUUUGGCUUGUAUGUCCCUAGGCCAGAGGUUUUAAGCUGUGGGCCACACUGACUUUUCACUAUUUUUUAUUUUAAGAGAAAUGAAACAAAUGAAAAAAGUUGUUUGUGUCUUGUGAUAUAUAUGAUGUAGAGUCCUGGCAACUUUGGCACUGGCAGAUGUGAUGCAAACUUCUGGAGGACACCAUGUUGCCUAUCCUUGGGGUUGGACAAUUCAAUCAGGUGACAUUUUUUUAAUUUGUUGAGAAGGCAGAACCUGACUGUCUAACUUAUAACUUAGGCCAGUGAUGGUGAACCUUUUUGAGGCCGAGUGCCCAAAUUGCAACCCCAAACCCACUUAUUUAUUGCAAAGUGCCAUGUCCCUCUGGUUUUCUAGUAACAAACUCUGGCAAACUCUGUGC